AUGCCGGGAAGGCUCCUUUCAGAAAAUGUACUGUUAGCUACUGAAAUAGUACAUGGUUACAACUGGAGAAACAUAGAGCCGAGAGGUAUGCUCAAAGUGGAACUCAGGAAAGCUUUUGACUCUGUGAGGUGGGAUUUCAUCUCUGCAACUUUGAGAGCAAUUGACAUGCCGAGUGGCUUUGUAAAUUGGAUUGAGCAAUGUAUUUCCACAGCCUCCUUCACGGUCUCCGUCAACGGUAACUCCGGAGGUUUCUUUGAGAGCUCCAAGGGUUUGAGGCAAGGAGAUCCUCUUUCUCUUUACCUUUUUGUGCUAGCAAUGGAGGUUUUCUCAAGGCUUCUGCAAUCGCGGUUUGGUGCAGGUUAUAUCCAUUACCAUCCUAAAACAUCGGAGCUAAAUAUUUCACACCUCAUGUUUGCGGAUGAUGUAAUGGUGUUUUUCGAUGGAGGUACUUCCUCUCUUCAUGGCAUCUCCGAGGCUUUGGACGACUUCGCCAGUUGGUCGGGUUUGCAAAUAAAUAAGGACAAAACGCAGCUCUUUCAUGCGGGUGUGACUCACAGUGAAUCCAUAGCAUUCACAGAUUUUGGUUUCCCUGUUGGUUCUCUCCCAAUACGUUACCUCGGUUUGCCUCUAAUGCAUAGAAAGCUAAGAAUCUCGGAGUAUGAGCCUCUUAUGGAUAAACUGAGAAAAAGAUUCAACUCUUGGGCUGCAAAAACACUUUCUUUCGCAGGAAGAACCCAGCUGAUAGCUUCAGUGAUUUCAGGAACAGUAAACUUUUGGAUAUCAACUUUUAUCCUCCCAAAAGGAUGCAUUAAAAAGAUUGAAUCCAUGUGUGCAAGAUUCCUGUGGACAGGGGCUAUAGAGUCAUCACGUGGAGCAAAGGUAGCCUGGUCAACGGUGUGUCUGCCUAAGGAAGAAGGUGGCUUAGGUCUGAGGCGUUUCACGGAGUGGAAUAAAACGCUAUGUCUGAGAUUCAUCUGGUUGCUGUUUUCAGAGAAUGACACUCUUUGGAGCUCUUGGCACAAGCAUCAUUAUAUUAGAGGGGACUCGUUCUGGAGUCUAAAAGAAAAUGCAGGCUUUUCUUCCUCCUGGAACUCGAUUCUCAGGCUGAGACCUGAAGCAAAGAAGUUCAUUAAAGCGGUGGUGGGAAAUGGUUUGAAAAUAAGCUUCUGGUUUGAUGUAUGGACUCCACUUGGACCGCUAAUUGACAUCAUAGGCGACCAAGGACCGAGAGACCUCAGAGUAGACAUUAAUGCCAAGGUGCAAGAGGUGUGCUCUGAUGGUAUAUGGAAUCUGCCGCAACCACGAUCCAACGAGGUGGUAAAUUUUCACUCUUUCUUGACAACAAUCCCUGUUCCAUCCGACUCCUUGCAGGAAGACUUUUAUACUUGGACAGUGGGUUCUACUACUUGCAAUGGUUUUGAUGCAGCCCAAACCUGGGAGGCUUUGAGACCGCGAGCGGAACCUAUGCAAUGGACUUCCUCUGUCUGGUUCAAAGGAGCGGUUCCAAAACAUGCUUUCAACAUGUGGAUCACACACCUUGAUAGGCUCCCAACCCGAUCCCAACUGGCAGCAUGGGGCAUCACCAACUCAGUAGACUGUUGUUUCUGUGGCAGGGAAGCAGAAACAAGGGAUCAUCUCUUCUUCCGGUGCAGCUUUAGCUCUCAAAUUUGGUCUUCCUCUCUCCUGAAAAUAGACCCUAGACAAGCUAUCUUCCGCUCUUGGCCGGAGAUUCUUUCCUGGACGAGAAACGACACAACAAGAACCCCAGCUCUUGUGAGAAAACUAGUGGCUCAAUCGAUCAUCUACCAUAUUUGGAGGUAG